AAUUUUGUUAGCACCUUUAGUCCGCUAGGUGGCGGUGAUGCAUCCAAAUGUUGAUUUCGCCACACCCCACAAACAAAUUCCACACGCAGAAGAAGAAGACGAAGAAAAUGGCAGCGAACGGUAGCAACGCGGGUUCCAAAUCCGCUAAUAGUGGUGGGGCGAAACAGUCCGGACCCUCCGCCGAACAGGUGGUGGCAACAUUUCAGAGGAUGCGUCAGGAACAGCGCAGUAUGUCCUCCAAAGCAGCCGAGUUAGAGAUGGAAUCCAAUGAACACAGCCUCGUCAUCGACACCCUGAAGGACGUGGAUCCGUCCCGCAAAUGCUUCCGUCUGGUGGGCGGCGUUUUGGUGGAGAGGACGGUGAAAGAAGUUCUGCCGGCGUUGCAAACCAACAAGGAGCAGAUCGCCAAGAUCAUCGAGUCCCUCAACACCAAGAUGCAAGAAAAGGGGCGGGAACUCACCGAGUACAGAGAACGGUACAACAUUCGGCUGGUGGGCGAAGGCGAGGGAGACGCGCAAGGCCAGCCCGCGCCAUCCCCCAAAGACGGCGAAGGCGGCAACCAUAAAAGCGGAGCUGGGGUUUUGGUGUCGUAGUGUUUUUUUGUAAUCAAAAUGGAGUUUGCCUGAAGAGUUUGGACUAAAAACUUCAAGAUGUGCCCUACCGAAAUAUCUACUUUGUUGGGCUCACGAUGUUGUUUACAGUGUGUUGGCGCCGGGAAAAGAAUGAGGCGGCGCACACCCGGCAGACAGGUUGGAGCAAGGAGUUUGUGUCGCGCUAGCCGGAAGAAUAAAGGCAUUUGCCAAUGUUUUGCUGUCAGCCGGCCAAUGCAUCUUUUCACAUAGUAUAGUUUUAAGUUCACAUGAGAAAAACAUGCACACUGUAAACAGCACAACGCUUUGCUAGUUCUGUUAAUAUUUGGUGUUUUAGAGCUGCUUUAAGCUAUGAGCGACAGAAUUGUAUUCCUGAAUCUAUAGAUAUAUCAACAUAAACAUUUAAAGCAACA